AUGAUGAGCCGCAACCGUCAAGCUCAACCACGUGGGGGAUCGUUGCACUCAAAUAUUUCGUCUUUAUCGGGAGGUUAUGAUCCACAAUCUCUAUUAUCAUCAAACAAUGCAGGAAAUUCUGAUGAUUUUUCCUUUAGGAAUCGACCACAUCACGAUACAGCAGCAUUCGGAACAAAUUCAAAAACCAAUAACAGUGUGUCUGGUACAGCAAAUUCGCGGGCCAAUUAUUGGAACAUUCAUAAUACAGUCCCGACGAGGAAUAGCCCCAAUAAUUCUUUGAGAGGAGAGACACCUGUAACAAUUUCAAGCUUAGAAAAAGAGAGACAUUUAAAAAACUCAAUUCAACCAUCCUUGACAAAGGAUGAAAUGGCUGUUGAGCAAAGAUUGGAACGAAUUGAAUCAUAUUUAAAAACAGGAACCUUUGUGGAUCCUAAACAUCAUGAAAUUGUUGACACAUCUCGUGCAACGAAAGGAGAUGACAAUAAUUUAUAUUCAUUAAUUGAGCCCUCGCUCAAACACAGUCCAAUAUCUAGAAAAUCCACACUUUCCAAAUCUCCCUCUGCAACAGAAAAGAAAUCGCAAAAAACUCCCACAACCCCAAUUCCAGAUUUAUUUUCAAUUGGCUCUCUGCCCUUAGGCUCCUCUCCAUCGAAUAAGAGAAAAACAGAGAGUGCAUUUACUGAUCAUUUAUCAUCUGUACAGGAAGCCAAGUCUUCACAACAGCGAACAAAGAAAAAUCUGAGUGAGGAAAAAACAGGAACAAGCACCUCCAAAACACCCUCAUUUCCAUAUCACAAAAAAUUGGUUCGAGCUCAAUCUACCGAUUCUAAUAUAACAAAAGAAAUGAAAAUAGAGUUCGACGUACUUGAUAGGAAAGGAAAAUUUGUCAUGAGCAGAGUUGAACCUCGAACAUCUAAUAUUGAGAUUGAAUCUCAAACUGCUCGAACCUUACAGAAAAAGAAAGCUGAUUUACGAAAGGUUCUCGAAGAAAUUCAAGAGCAUGUUUAUUCUCCGUCUGCAGCAUUGCAUUCAUUUAAGCAACAUAGUUCAACAAGCUUAACCUCUAAUUCGCCACCAUUUACAAACAUGCCUAUCCUUAAUAAGGACAGUAUUCGUAAUAUAUUUACUCAAUCGAUAAACAUGACAAAACGAAAUACCUCUGACAUUGUAUCCCCGACGAAUCAACGAAACUUGAAUAAUCAGUUUAUUGAAGCCACUGUCACCAGUUUUGCAAACAGUAAUCAUUCCUCAGAAGAAGCACAAAGAAAGCAAGAGAAACCAAUUUCUUCCAAAUUUGGAGAACAAUAUGAAUUUGAAUCCCUUGAGAGUUUGUUAUUGAAUGAAUGUCCAGAACCUAUAACUUCAGCAACCAUGAUUGCAUUUCCUGCAAAACGAAAAUUAUGCUUAUUUGGUGGAAUGACCGAAAGUGGACCUACCAAUGAAACAUGGCUUUUUGAAAUUGGGCUUCAGAAAUGGAUACGAGUGCAACCUUCACUUUCUUCUGAAACAAACAAGCAAACAACCAAUGACACAAUGAAUGCAACAUCACACCAUUCGGUGAAACCUUCCAAAAGGUUUGGUCAUUGUGCAGCUGUUUACGACUCUAAUACCAUGUACAUGUUUGGUGGAGGAGAUUUGGAAAGACGAAUUCUUUAUAAUGAUCUCUGGGUGUUUAAACCUGAUCCUUUUCCUGUUUGGAAAUGCAUCAGUAAUAGCACUCAUCGUGGAAAUGACGACAAGACCCCUCCAGGAAUGCCAUGUCCAAGAAUUUAUUGUGCUGGAGUUAUGGCUGACGACUUGUUUUUUGUGCAUGGAGGAGAAGGAGCAAAUUUCAAACCCUUGAGCGAUCUGUGUGUAUUCAGUCGAUCGAAAAAUGAAUGGAUUCCCAUUUUGAAUAGUUUCCCAAGACCAUCGGCACGUUUUUUACACACGGCGACCUUACUUGACCACCACAAAUUGGUCAUUAUUGGUGGUAAUAACAAUACAGAUGAAAUGUCCGAUACGGUAUGGAUCAUGGAUACUCGAUCUUUGUAUUGGAAAGAAGUCAAAACGAAAAAUAUAGGGCCAUUUGUUAAUGGUCCUCUUUAUGGGCAUACAGCAUCUGUGUGGGGAAAUAGGAUUUUAGUUUUUGGAGGAGUUCAUGGAAAAUCUCGUCUUAAUAAUGAAAAAGUAUGGCUUCUCGAUGUCGACGCUAGCUAUUGGGUGGAUAUUUCAGACAAGUGGCAUGCAUUUUCUGAAUUACCAACCUCACGAUUCAAACAUGUGACAGCCUCUGACUUUUUCUCUCACAUUACUUGCAACACCUAUCGAGCAAAUGCACGAGAGGAAUUACUGGAGCUUUCCAAACAUCAAAUUUCACGAUACUCUGAAAAAGCGGACUGCAGUCAUUCCUACGAUGUUGCACUUCUUCGAAUGCCCACUGAUACACACUUGCAAAAGAUGACACGAUUAUACAUUUUCGGAGGCAUGCAAAACAACAAACGCCUUAAUGAAUUGUGGGAACUUUCAUUGACCUUUUCUCCCAUUUAUCGAGCAAACUCAAUGGGAAGAAGAAAGAGUGUGGUUUCGUAUGACUGA